AUGGACGCGGCUACGAUUGCAGAGAUCAACAAAACCCGCAUUGCGGCGGGCAUGCAGCCACUGCCCGUACCCGGCCAAGAAGGUCCCCAAUUCAAAGAGAAGGCUGCUUCAGAUGGCGAGGAAGAGGAAGCGGCCAGCACCCUGGAAACGCGAGAGGCUGCUGCCUAUGACAACUUCAAGAAGAUUCAGGAAGCCGAAGAUGCCAAGAAGCGACGCGAGGAGAAGAAUGCAGCCAUCAGAAGGGCGCGAGAUGCCGCAAAGCGAUUCGAAAACCUGGAGGGCAAGGGCCUGGGCGAGGCGGAAGGCGACGACCUCGAUGCCAAAGCAUGGCUCAUCAAUCAGAAAAAACGACAAAAGCGGAUAGAAAAGGCGCGCAAGCUUGAAGAGGAAAUGGCUGCUGCUGAGGCCGCUGCCGCUGCUGCAGUUCAGUACACGUCCAAGGAUUUAGCAGGAGUCAAAGUCUCUCACGAGAUUUCUGCUUUUGAAGAUGGCGACGAACAAAUUCUCACUCUGAAAGACUCCAAUAUUGUUGGAGGUGAAGAUGAUGACGACGAGCUCGAGAACAUUGACCUGCGCAACCGCGAAAAGCUUCAAGAAAACCUUGAACUGAAGAAGAAAAAGCCGGUAUACGACCCGAACGCAGUGAAUGAAGAUGGCGAACGCAGUAUUCUUGCACAGUACGACGAAGAGAUCAGUGGCAAGAAGACAAAAAGAUUCACUUUGGGCGACCAGAUCGCCGAGCAGAAUGCUCAACCCAGCGCAUCUGGUGAAGCGUCACAGAAUCGCAAUGCCAAGAAAAUCAACCUGGAUCUCUUCACGGACGAAAAACCGUCUUCUGAUUACUUGGAUAUUUCAGAGAUCAAGGUGAAGAAGCCAAAAAAGAAGAAGUCCAAAGUCACCCGUCAGCGCGCAGCGGAUGAUGACGACGUUUUGCUUCCUGAUACUACUCUUCCAGAUGACUCCAUGGAUGUCGACUCGGGUGCUGCAUUCGUGAGCAGGAAACGAAAGACCGAGGAGACAACAUUUGCAGAUGACGAAGACCUUCAAGCCACGCUUGCUAUCCAGAGACGGGAUGCAUUGAAGAAGCGGAAACGGACCCGCCCCGAGGAUAUUGCCCGCCAGCUCAAAGAGGAAGCGCAAACACCAGAAGCAGAGAGCAACACCCCUGAAGCUGGUGGCGCUGGUCUUGUAAUUGAUGAGAUUUCCGAAUUUGUCUCGGGCUUGAAGAAGGAAGACUUGGAAGAACGCAAGCCUCGCACCUCCAAGACACCCAACCCAGAGAUGGUCACCGCCAUGGAAGAUGAGUCGGAUGAUGACGAUGAGCCCAUGCGGGACGCUGACGAUGCCGAGCAUGAAGCCCGCACAAGAGAAACUUCGACCCCAGCAGAUCUUGGUACAACUGGUGUCGACGAAGAGAAAUCCAUUGGAGUGGGCAUUGGCUCAGCACUGCAAUUGCUACGUGAACGCAAGGUCAUCAGGGAAAGUGGUGCGGACGAGCUGAACGAAACCUAUCGGCACCAACAGGCGUUCCUGGCAGAGAAACGAAAACGCGAGGCUGCAAUCGACCAGAACACUCGUCUUCAGCGUGAGCGUGACCGUGCAAGCGGCAAACUCGACAGAAUGUCAGUACGCGAAAGGGAAGACUGGGCUCGUCGCCAGAAUGAGAUGCGGGACCAGCAGACAUCCCGCCAAAUGGCAGAGUUAUACAACCGCGAGUACAAGCCAAACGUCCAGCUCAAGUACGUUGACGAGCACGGUAGAUCGUUGGAUCAGAAGGACGCUUUCCGGCAACUCUCGCACCAGUUCCACGGCAAGGGCAGCUCAAAGGGCAAGAUGGAUAAGCGCCUGAAGAAGAUUGAAGAUGAGAAACGCCGCGAAUCGCAGAGCAUCUUGGAUUCGAGCCAGAACGCAAACAUGAGCUCUGCAACCGCUCAACAGACCAAGAAACGAAGAGAAGCUGGUGUACGCCUGGCCUAG